GGUGUCGUAGAAGUGAAAUCGCGAGUUUCCUCUGGAGACGAAGACGACAGAAGGUGACACGGUACACGUGGUGACGAGCGCGUGUCAGGGUCGCUAAGACCGAAGGUGGGGUGGCACGCCAGGAAAGGAAGAAUCGAUCGUCAUCAAAUCGAAUUGAAAAUCUUUCAAACUGGGCGACGGAAGAGGAAAGCAUCGACGGGUUAGAAUGGCGGACGAAGCUCAGCAAAGCCAACAGCCGACCACCAAGAGGCACAAAGUUCUAAGUCAUCUACCCAUCAUCAUCAAAGUGCUCGAAGUGAUUCUGGCCAUUUUUGCAAUCGGUUUGAUAGUCGAUCCGUUAAAUUCGUUCCAACGGGUUUUCAACAAGGCACGAUUCAAGCUCGACGAUGCAGCUACUAUCUACGUCACGGUCGCCGGCUAUAUUCUCAUCAAUACGCUCUUCAUCAUCGGUCACAUGCUGGGCGAUCGCGUGCCGAAAAGAACGUUGUUGAUGUUUGCGUCUGUCGGUGCAUUUAUGCAUAUAGUGGCCGGAAGCCUGAUGGUCCAUAAUUGGCGCCAUAUGAACGGUCCUUACUAUUACAUGCACAACAAUGAGAUCCAUCCUAGUAAGCAGUACAUGGACAUGCUCAUAUCAGCAGCCGUGUUUACAUUUGUGAACGCGGCAGUAUUUCUCGCGGAAAUUAUCGCCAUCGUAAGAUAUGCGUAAUAAAUACGUUUUUCACUUAAAGUCCGAUCCAGGCGAGUUGAAAGACUCGCCAAAGCAAGAAUCGCCAAAGCUAUGAACAGUCCAUUUCAAAAAAAAAAAACCUUAAUUUUUUUUUUAAUUUAACUCAAGAUCUUCGGAUCGGAUUGUGAUUACAAUUUCAAUUUUUUAAAUCUACUGUUUAUUUCAUUUUAAAUCUUGUAACCGUCUUUUGAUUUAAUCUGAUCAAUUUAUUUCUUAUAUGUUUUUAUUCGAUACUUUUAUGACUAUAUUUAACUUGUUAUUAUACAAUCGAGUAUUUUAUGCGUUUCACUGCAAUCCUAAAAAAAAA